CCGGCCCGUCACAUGCGCCCGCCGCGCUAACAUCACCGGUGUGCGCCGGCCGGGGAUGCCGGAAGUGCGGAGCGAGCGGCGCAGCCGGGCCGCGCUCCCGCCGGGCCAUGGCCGCUGCCCGCUCGGUGCCGGGCCGUGCCGGGCCGUGCCCGCUGCAGUUCGCUCCGUUCAGCAGCGCGCUGGACGCGGGCUUCUGGCACGAGCUGACCCAGAGGAAACUCAACCAGUACCGGCUGGACGAGACGCCCAAGCUCAUCAAGGGCUACUACUACAACGGUGAUCCUUUGGGUUUGCCAGCUCGCUUGACACUGGAGUUUAGUGCCUUUGAUAUGAAUGCUUCAAUACCAGCACGUUGCUGUCCUGCUUUUGGAACGUUGUAUAACACCAACACUUUUGAGACUUUCAAAUCCUGUGAUAAGAAAGCACUUCUGGACAAGGAAGCAAAUGAGAUCUGGGAAUCAAUCAAAUCUGGAGCUGCUCUGGAGAACCCAAUGCUCUUGAAUAGGUUCCUGCUGCUGACAUUUGCAGAUUUAAAGAAGUACCAUUUCUAUUACUGGUUUUGCUACCCUGCUCUCUGCUUCCCUGAUGGAAUUCAGAUAACUCAGAAGCCUGUCUGUCUUGGGGACAGGUUCUCACUAAAUCAGAUCCAAGCCCUGCAGAAAGCCUACGAUGACCUCUGCCAGGAGGAGGGGGUGACAGCCCUGCCUUAUUUUUUAAUCAAGUAUCAUGAUAAUUCUGUCAUGAUAUCCCUGCUGAAAAAGUGGGAUGGCUUCUUUCAAGACCAAGGAGAAAAGGUGACUGUUGGAGUUUAUGAUCCUUGUAAUUUAUCCCAGUAUCCAGGAUGGCCACUGAGAAACUUCCUGAUCCUGGCAGCCCACAAAUGGGGCAGUGCUCUGCAGAGGCUUGAAGUGCUCUGCUUCAGAGACAGGACCAUGCAAGGGGUGAGAGACAUCUCACACAGCAUCAUCUUUGAAAUCAAACUGCCAGAGGCACCCCUGGGCCCAGAUUGUCCAAAAGCUGUUGGAUGGGAGAAAAACCAAAAGGGAGGCAUGGGGCCAAGGAUGGUGAAUCUCAGUGAAUGCAUGGAUCCAAAAAGGUUGGCAGAAUCAUCCGUGGAUCUGAAUUUGAAGUUGAUGUGCUGGAGGUUGGUGCCUACUCUGGAUUUGGAGAAGAUUGUGGCUGCCAAGUGUCUGCUGCUGGGAGCUGGCACCCUGGGCUGUAGUGUUGCAAGGACCUUGAUGGGCUGGGGGGUGAGGAAAAUCACUUUUGUGGACAAUGCAAAGAUCUCCUACUCCAACCCCGUGCGGCAGCCGCUCUACGAGUUCGAGGAUUGCCUGAGUGGGGGCAAGCCCAAGGCUCUGGCAGCAGCAGACAGGCUGCAGAAAAUCUUCCCAGGAGUGAGCUCUGAGGGUUAUAACAUGAGCAUCCCCAUGCCAGGCCACCCGGUGAACUUCUCGGAGGUGACCAUGGCCCAGGCUCGGAAGGACGUGGCGCAGCUGGAGGAGCUCAUCGAAGGCCACGACGUGGUGUUCCUGCUGAUGGACACCAGGGAGAGCCGCUGGCUGCCUGCUGUCAUCGCAGCCAGCAAGAGGAAGUUGGUCAUCAAUGCUGCCUUGGGAUUUGACACUUUUGUUGUUAUGAGACAUGGCCUAAAGAAACCAAAACAGCAAGAAUCUGGUGAUUCACAUUUCAGCAACGCUUCUGCUUCUUCUGAUCUGCUGGGAUCCUCACUGUUCUCAAACAUCCCUGGCUACAAACUGGGCUGCUACUUCUGCAAUGAUGUUGUGGCACCAGGGGAUUCCACCAGGGAUCGGACACUGGACCAGCAGUGCACGGUCAGCCGGCCUGGACUGGCCAUGGUGGCUGGAGCCCUGGCAGUGGAGCUCAUGGUUUCUGUGCUGCAGCAUCCAGAAGGUGGUUAUGCUGUGGCCAGCAGCAGUGAUGACAGAAUGAAUGAACCACCCACUUCCCUUGGGCUUGUUCCUCACCAGAUCCGAGGAUUUUUAUCCAGAUUUGAUAAUGUUCUUCCAGUCAGCCUGGCAUUUGAUAAGUGCACAGCCUGUUCAGCCAAGGUCCUUGAGCAGUAUGAACGAGAAGGGUUUAAUUUCCUAGCCAAAGUUUUUAAUUCUUCACAUUCCUUCUUGGAAGACUUGACAGGUCUGACUUUAUUACACCAGGAGACACAGGCUGCUGAGAUCUGGGACAUGAGUGAUGAUGAAACAGUUUGAAAUCAGGUGCUGAGGAGGAGGAGGAUGCUCUGGAGUGCAGCCCUGCCUUUUAUCUCUGCUUUGAGGAGUUAAUGAUUGCUUACCCCUCCUGACUGCUGGAAAGACAAACAAACAGAACCCACGUUUUGCCAUGAAUAACUUCUCUGAAAAAGCAGUCUCUCAUGGACAGAACUCACCAUGUUUUCAUUUUUAUUGUGUAAAUAACUGCAGCAAUGUGCUUGUGUUCAAACCUGGUCUGUCUUUUUUUUUUUUUUUUUUGUGGGUUUUUUUUUCUUUUUUUUUAAAGCUUCUAAAUAUGGCUUACAUAUAAAAAAUGCUGCUUAAGUAAUUCUGGGUGGUUUGUUUGGGCCAGGUUUUAUUUUGCUUCUCAGUGGCCAUGUCCAAGCAGCAAUUCUGAAUGGCUUUUUUCAUCUCGCUCAGAUUUGGGGCACUUCAGGUGGAAUUUGUGAAGAUUGAGCACUUUCUGCUCUUGGGAGUUAAAUUUAGUGUUUAAAGGUGGGGAGGAGUGGGGAAGGAGCUGAACCUGCUGCCUCCACCACAGGAAUUAUUUGCAAACACGAAUUUCAGGUGCAGUUGUUCUGGAUGUGUCCACGGAGUUGUUGUUCCCUGUGAAGAUCCCAUCUUUUCAUGCUAUGGAAACAAAGUGCUUUGGCUGAUUUUUGCCCAGGAAAGACCAAAAUGCAUUUAUAUCAUGAUUAGGCUCCCCUGAAGCUCAGGGAAGCCUCUGUUCUAUGGUCAAAAAUCACUUUAGGAGGUGGUGGAUCACUGAUUCAGUCAAAACCUGUAGGGAAAUGCUUCAGUGAAAUGAGAAAUUUGUUCUCUGACUUUGCUGUUCUUGGGUGUGGUCAUGCAGAACCUUGCAGGUGUUCAAAAAGAGCAAUUCUCUUUUCCUUUUUGAUUCAUUGAAUUUUUUCAAGUGGCUUAGUAAGCAAAAACAGAAGUUUGAAAAUCCUUGAGUUUAAAAAAUAGCUUGAGAAAAAUGGAGUUUUAAAAUCUCAUAGUACAUUUUACUGCAAAAUUGAAUCUAUUUGUCUUAACUUGGAAUAGGUUUUAGAAGGAAAUUUGAAAUCCCUUUCAUAGCUUUAUAUUGUGGGGUUUAUGAGUAAACUCACUUAGAAAAAAUGCAAAUCGCUUCAUCUGCCAUGCAGCCUCUUUUUCCCAGAUAUAUUAUGAAAAUUAGUUGGUCAAUCCAAUUAUUUUAGUUCCUUCCUUAAUAUAAGCUCUGAAGAUUUUUUUUGUAGAAAAUUUCCCAGCUUCUCUCUCAUGAGAACAAGUUCAGGCAGGUCAAAAAUAGGCAACUCCCAUCUUCUGAUCAGAAAUGAUGUAUUGAAACCUGCUGAGGUUUGCACCAAGUGUAUAAAAUAGCCAUUAUUGUCUAAAAUAGCCAGUAUUGUCUAAAAUAGCUAUUAUUUCUACUUAUUUAUUACCAUAGUCAUUAUAUUUACAUCAUUUCUUACCUAGGGGAAUGUCUAGUUUAGGUAACUGAAGUGUAAUAUAAAAAUAUAUAUGAAUGCAAUAUAUUUUGAAAAUCAGAGCUGGUAAUCAGAGCAAGUCAUCUCUUGGUGGUCAGGCUCUGAAGGCUGAGACUGAAACCCUGAAAUCUGCAUUUUUAAAGCAGUGUAAAUACAUCAUGGCUUUGCUGGUGUGUUUUUAACCAUGCCAUAGUCCAGCUGGAGCCACGAGUUGGUGCCAGGAGAGUUUAAAGGGAAUAAUCUGCUUUUUUUAUCUUUGGGAGCUGCUGACCGUGGAGUGUAAAUGGCUCUGCAGUUUGGGGUUAUCUAAGACUUGAAAGCUGCACAUCUUUCUGAGCCUGGUAAACAUUAAUAAUUGUUUUGAGUGCCUGAAACUCUGCCUGGGAGGUGUCUGUGCAGGGCAGGAAGGGUUCAGGCUCAGGGUUAGUGCCAUGUGUCCUUCCCUCUGUCACUGCAGUGCCACCAGCUCUGCCAGGCUGGGCUCUUUCCUGGCCCUCUGCUCCCCUGAUGUCCCUGAUGUGCAGAACUCUUCACUCUGGCUUGGAAUAUCCUCCCUUGUCUGACUAAAGUGUUGGUUUUGUUCUCCUUGUGGACCAGAAUAGUUCUUGUUCCAGCAGAGCUGCUGGGAUUGUUUCCUCACUGGGAAGGAAGGAGGGAAGCUUCCAUGUCUGUGCUCUGGAAGCAUUUGAGCUCUGGGUUUUGGUGUCCUGUC